UCCAGCUCACAGGGGAGCACCUAGGCUGAAUGCUCUAGAUAAUCCCCUUUGGCAGCUUUUUUAGUAUCAGCCAGGCUGGUGGUCGGGUACCUGGGCUUCCCAGCAGGCCAGCUGGGGUCUAGGAAGAGGACUUGUCUUCUUUACUUGGCUACAGGAUGAAGCUGGUCAUCAAAGCCCUCUUCUUGUGGCUGAGUCUAAGAGGCUGUGUGGGCCAGAGUGAGACAGACUCUGAAACGGGGGAGUCCUAUUCUGACUGGGGUCUUCGGCACAUCCGGGGCAGCUUUGAAUCAGUCAACAGCUACUUCGACUCCUUUCUCGAGCUGCUAGGAGGGAAGAAUGGGGUUUGCCAAUAUAGAUGCAGAUACGGGAAGGCACCAAUGCCCAGGCCUGGGUACAAGCCACAGGAGCCCAAUGGCUGCAGUUCCUACUUCCUGGGUCUCAAGGUACCAGACAGUAUGGACUUGGGGAUCCCAGCAAUGACCAAGUGCUGCAAUCAGCUGGAUAGCUGCUACGACACGUGUGGUGCAAACAAAUACCGCUGUGACGCCAAGUUCCGCUGGUGCCUCCACUCCAUCUGCUCAGAUCUCAAACGCAGCCUGGGCUUUGUCUCCAAGGUGGCAGCUUGUGAUUCACUUGCCGACACAAUAUUCAAUACCGUAUGGACCUUGGGCUGCCGGCCAUUCAUGAAUAGCCAGAGAGCAGCCUGCAUCUGUGCUGAAGAGGAGAAGGAAGAGUUAUGAUGACGAGCUGGUUUCCCCCUGCCCUUCAGUGAGACCACACCUACCUGCAUCCCUCCCUCAGAGGGGACAGUGAAGCCACCAGAUUCUUCAUCAGUUACGUUCCAUCCUCUCUUGUAACAGCCUAGCUACCGCAGAGUAAGAGAGGGAGAGCAGUGAAUUACAACUUGAAAAGUGAGUCAUGACUUUUGGGGAGACUUGCCUGACAGUGAGUAGGAGGGGGGAUCUGAAGCACCGAUAUCCCACUGCAAGGCCCGGGAAUUCCCUCGGCCGGGAAAACUUUUCAGAGCAGAGGAAAUACAACACAAACUCAAGAGUUCUGGAGUUGAUGCUUGUAUUCACAUGAGUACUUUGGGCCAAUAUUAACUCUCAUGAGGGGCUCAUGGCUUCCCAUCAGUCCAUGCUUUGGUUAUCCCUUGCUAGACACAAUAAAGUGAACUUUUUAAAAACAUUGAAAAA